AUGGCGGACUUGGAGGAGUGGAUUGAGAAGAAGGUUGAGGCGAUUUCCGCACUGGCGGGCGCGAUUAGGACGGAGUGGGAGAGCGGCGUGGUGGCGUCACGACGCGGUACGACAGGGCGCAAGCGAGCUCGCAUGGCUGAUGGGUCUUCCUCAGAAUCGUUGGUGAUGCAGCAUCUGGCCGCGCUGUCAGCCCAUGCGGAAGCCAUCCGAAAUGGACGCGUGGAACCCAACCCCUCUGGCCCCCUCCUCCCUGUCCUUCCCCAUUGUCCCCUGCCUCCCCAUCCUAAACAGCAGCAUCUGGCCGCGCUGUCAGCCCAUGCGGAAGCCAUCCGAAAUGGACGCGUGGAACCCAACCCCUCUGGCCCCCUCCUCCCUGUCCUUCCCCAUUGUCCCCUGCCUCCCCAUCCUAAACAGCAGCAUCUGGCCGCGCUGUCAGCCCAUGCGGAAGCCAUCCGAAAUGGACGCGUGGAACCCAACCCCUCUGGCCCCCUCCUCCCUGUCCUUCCCCAUUGUCCCCUGCCUCCCCAUCCUAAACAGCAGCAUCUGGCCGCGCUGUCAGCCCAUGCGGAAGCCAUCCGAAAUGGACGCGUGGAACCCAACCCCUCUGGCCCCCUCCUCCCUGUCCUUCCCCAUUGUCCCCUGCCUCCCCAUCCUAAACAGCAGCAUCUGGCCGCGCUGUCAGCCCAUGCGGAAGCCAUCCGAAAUGGACGCGUGGAACCCAACCCCUCUGGCCCCCUCCUCCCUGUCCUUCCCCAUUGUCCCCUGCCUCCCCAUCCUAAACAGCAGCAUCUGGCCGCGCUGUCAGCCCAUGCGGAAGCCAUCCGAAAUGGACGCGUGGAACCCAACCCCUCUGGCCCCCUCCUCCCUGUCCUUCCCCAUUGUCCCCUGCCUCCCCAUCCUAAACAGCAGCAUCUGGCCGCGCUGUCAGCCCAUGCGGAAGCCAUCCGAAAUGGACGCGUGGAACCCAACCCCUCUGGCCCCCUCCUCCCUGUCCUUCCCCAUUGUCCCCUGCCUCCCCAUCCUAAACAGCAGCAUCUGGCCGCGCUGUCAGCCCAUGCGGAAGCCAUCCGCGCCAAGGUGCGCGGAGUGGGGAAGUCUGUCCGCGGACUUGAGGGGCGGAAGGCGCAGAGGGGGGAAAUGGAGGAGGAGUGUGAGCGGGAUGAGGAGGCUGAGGAGGCUGAGGAGGACGUAAUGGAGGAAGGAGUUGGGGAGAACUGUCACUCAGAUGAGAUUCCCUUCCCCCAUCCUUGUGCUUUGCCCCUCCCACUCGUUCCGCUUCCCUUUCUCUUUUUCCGUGUUCCGUUCCUUCUUCCUGAUAUUUACAAAGCUUUCCCGCUACUUACACUCUUUGUUGCUCCUCUUGAUUCCAACUCUCGUUUCUCCAUCACCCCGCACCGUCCAUCUGCCUCCCCUGCCCUUCUCUCACAGCCCCUCGGCACUGCAGCAGGCCGCUCCUUUCUGCAUUCUAAGGGAGAAGGGCAGGAGAAAGGGGCAGAGGAGACUGGGGCUAGGGAGAACAUGCAGGGCAGCAUGAUUGCAGGGAGGCGCAGACGGGUGAGCAUGGUGGGGAGUGAAGAGUGGGAGUAUGGCGACUGGGAAGGGGCAGAAGAGCCCCUGGCGAAUGAACUGUUAGUGUCUGUGGAGCGAUGGGCACGGGACGCAGGGCUGUGCGGAGCAGCAGCAGUGGCAGAAGCAGCAGCAGAUGGGCAAGGUUCAGCAAGCGAGGGAGGUGGUUCACGUGUGGAGGUGCAGAGUGCAUUGGGUGGCAAUCCAAGUGAGAGCGAGAUCAAGGCGCGUGUGUGGGGGGAGAUAGACACCUUGCUGUGGCUGUCACGGCGUGAAUUCUCCUCUGAUAGGGAGCGGCUUGUGGAGAAAUGUGCCCUCGCUGCAGCUGUCCACUUCCUCACCUCUUUGCCCCUCACGGAGCAGCAGAUCAACCCCCCAGCUGCUGCUGCCCAUCCGACCACCCUUCCUGCCCGUCAAAACCCUGCUGCUGAGCGUCCGAACCACCUGCCAGCAUCACAGGAGAUCGCCCCUGCAACGCAGCAGCUCAACCCCCCAUCGCAGCACAUUGCACUCAGCGGCUGCCACCUCAACCACUUUCUCGCCCUCGCUCCCACCUUCCGCCCCACCCUCCUCCCCUCCCUCGCCUCCCUCACAACCUACCGCACCUCCGUCUCUCCCCGCGACAUGCUCUUCCUCCUCCGCCUCCCUGCGCUCACCUCCCUCUCCUUCCAUCAAACCCGCGUUGUUCCCGAAGCCCUGCUGCUCCUCCAGUCCUUCACCCGCCUCCACCGACUCAUCCUCGACUGCCCGGGCCCAUCAACCCUGUCUUUCAAGCCUUCAAAGGGGACAUUGCCUUUGAGGGGUCUGAGAGAGCUGCAUGUGAGCCGGGUGACUGACUCUGUUCUGCAGCAGGUGGGGAUGCUGACGAGCCUUGAGGUCUUUUCCUGCACGUGCAGCGAGGGGGUGAGUUUCAGGGGCUGGAUGUCCCUGCAGUGGUUGCAACAGCUGAGACUGCUCCGAGUGGGACCAGCACAUCUGGACCGUCAUGCUUUGAGAAUUGACUAUCCCAACGGCCGCUUGCCGACGGUUUCGCGGGUGUUUGAGAGGCUGGUGAAGACGCAAGAGGAUGCUGCUGCUCGGAAGAAGAGUGUUCAAGAAGUGACACACUUGAAAAGGUUGACGAGGCAAGAGGAUGAUGGCAAUGAUGAUGAUGGCGGGGUGUGGACUGUCGUGAGUUUGCUGCAGCGUCUGCAGUGCCUGGAGCUGCAUGGAAUCCCCCACUCUAUCUACGCCUGCGUGUCUCUGGUAGAGCUAAGCCUUCUCACCUCUCUCCACAUCACCGGCACUUGCCUUGGCAACGACGCGUUCACACGGUUGACUAGCUUGACCUGGUUGACCCACCUCAGCCUCGCCGGGUGCACGUUCACAACUGAUGGUCUCGUGAUGAAAAUAGCACACUGCCUGCCGAGUCUCGUGUUUCUGGACCUCUCGGGAACGGCCGUCACCCAAGGCGACACCGUCAACAUGCAAUCUCUCAAGUGCUUGAAGCACUUAAAGCUGCAGCAGUGCUGCAACAUUGGCGGCCCGUUUGUGCGGUACCUCUGCCUUGUGCCGCGGCUCAGGGUGCUGGACCUGGGCUUUAACCACAUGCCGGCUGUGUGGUUGACACAUAUUGUUGAGGGGAAGAGAGUGAGAAGGCUGAGUGUGAGGGGGUGUGGGUACAUGGGGAAGACGGUGUGUGGGCUUGAACGGCCGUGGAUUGUGAUCGAGUCCUAA